CCAAGGAGCCAUGACAUCCCAUCAUGUCUUUGGGAUGCUUUCUUUCCUCAGUUUAUUCCUCAUUUCAUUUACACCACACUGCGAUGGAGGAAACAUUCUAGUGUUUCCUUUAGAUGGCAGCCACUGGAUCAAUAUGAAAAUCUUGCUUGAAGAACUUCAUGCUAGGGGACACAACUUCACUGUGAUCAGGCCGUCUACCAGCUGGUACAUCUCUGAAAAGUCUGAUCUAUACACAUCCAUUACAGUUGAAACGGCUGUAGAUUUUGAGCAUUUUUUUGGUGGGUGUCUACAGGAGCAGGUGGAGGUGGAAAGAGAGGGGGCAUCAUUGAUGACUGCCUUCACACUCACCAAGAAUUUUUUUUCUUUAAUUUCUUUUGCACAUUCACUUUGGUAUGAUGCUUUGAAAAAUAUUUUUGAUGAUCAAAAUAUGAUCAAAAGAUUAAGUGAUUCCCAGUAUGAUCUGGUUCUAACUGAUCCAGCUUUAGCCCCAGGGCUUAUUCUAGCCAAAUAUCUCAAGCUCCCCUUAGUGCUCAACGUACGCUGGAUCACCAGUGGAGAAGGCCACUUUGUGUUAGCUCCCUCACCACUCUCCUAUAUCCCAGUGCCAGGAUCCGGCUUAACAGACAAAAUGAAUUUCAUCCAGAGGCUCAAGAACAUUCUUUUCUAUAGCAUUAUACUGUUCCAGCAGAAAUUUGUGGUGGACCCAGUAUAUAAUGACAUAUGUGAUAAGUAUAUUGAGGGUGGAUGUGACGUCAUCUCACUACUACAGGGAGCAGACAUUUGGCUGUUCAGGUCAGAUUUUGUGUUCGAGUUCCCUCGCCCCACUAUGCCAAAUGUUGUCUAUAUAGGAGGAUUUCAGUGCAAACCAGCUCAGCCUCUGCCAGCAGAGCUGGAGGAGUUUGUUCAGAGUGCCGGGCAACAUGGAGUGAUCAUCAUGAGUCUGGGAACUCAUGUCGAUGCUUUGCCCAAAGAGGUUACAGAGGAAGUCGCCGGUGUCUUUGCCAAGAUGCCCCAGAAGGUGAUCUGGAAGCAUAAAGGAGACCGACCCUCUACACUGGGAAACAACAUACUAAUAGUCGACUGGAUGCCACAGAAAGAUCUUCUGGGUCAUCCACAGACCAAAGUCUUUGUAGCUCAUGGAGGAACUAAUGGUGUCCAGGAGGCCAUUUACUAUGGGGUCCCUGUGCUCGGCAUACCCUUGUUCUUCGACCAGUAUGACAACCUUCUACGACUGCAGGAGAGAGGAGCUGGAAAGAUCAUUAAGCUAGCUGAUGUUAAUGGCCACAGUUUUGAGCAAGGCCUUAAGGAAGUGAUCCAUCAAGAGAGCUACAGGCAGAACAUUCAAAGACUGUCACGUUUGCACAAAGAUCAGCCAAUAACACCCAUGGAGAAGGCCGUCUUCUGGGUAGAAUAUGUGAUGCGCCACAAAGGGGCUCGUCACCUGCGUACAGAAGCUUAUAAGAUGCCCUGGUACUCUUACUACUGUUUAGAUGUACUGUUCAUAUUGCUGUCUGUGGUCACUGUGCUGCUUCUCUCUAUUGUGGCUGUUUUCAGAUUUCUGUGCUGCCGAAGACAAAGAAAGAUAAAAACUAAACAAAGCUAA